ACAAAUACUUGUACCUAGAAGAAAAUCAGAAUAAACUCGACAAGAAUUCAAGUGAUUUUUUGGGAUAGUUAGUUACUUAUCUGUGGAAUAACUUAUUUUCACGCUUGCAUCCAUCUUCGUUCUAUUCAGCUAAAUGAAUUUAACAUACGUAAAAUAAACAAACUAAUAACGUAAGCAUAAAAACAGCUUACUUUACUCCUCAGUUCAAUAAAAUACCAGCUGAAUAUUUAGCAAACGCACAAAUUUCAUUUUUGCAUUAGUUGUAGAGUCGCAUCUUCGACGAUGAAUAAAUAUUCAUCUUUCCAUCUUUCACCCUAAAAUAAGCAAAUAUAUAGUUCUGGCGGAAUCAUUCAAAUUACAUCAUAAUCAGUUACAAGACACAUCUGGUUUCAGUGAUUAUUUUGAAUUUAUUGUACUGUAAAAACAUAGUAAUUAUAAAAGUCUUUGUAACUUAACUUUAUCUUUUGUCGUUUCAUGAAAACCUUAUCUUUUCUUGGAUCUUGUUUACCGGUAAACUACAUAAUUCUUCUCUAACUCAAUAUUUCUUUUGUAACAUCUGCAGUGUAUCUUAGUUAAUUUAUUUUAUUUUUUUUACGAAAAAUUUAAAUCUGAAUCUUUUUUCAUUCUUCAAACAGUAUCUGGACAAAUAAAAAUAUUUAAUUAUAAGUAGGAACUGCAUUAGACAGAAUCUGCAACAGCGUUUCUGGAUAAAUAAACGUACACAGACAUAUGCAAUUAGAUCAAACGUCGUGAAGUAACAUACCCACUAAUUCUCUCUUAUUACUCAGAUAAAUUACAUAUUGUGUUAAAAGUGUCUUUGGUUAAGUAUAUACACCGAGCAAAGCACGAAUAUUAAAAAUUACUUGGACAAUAAAGUAUUUCCCAUUCAUGCAUAAAAAAAUAGUGAUAAAUACAAAAAACAUAUUUUUUCUGCAAAUACAAAUAAAUAUAUCUAGUCAAAAACACUAAAAUUAAAGGGCACUUAACAUGCGUCUAUUUGUUUCAUGACUCUAUAACUUUAACAAAUUAAUUCAUCACUUUAUCGCAAUUCAAUGGAAUAUAAAUUCAUUACCAUUUAUUUAAAAAUUCUUUCAACCUUUUUAAUUCAUUAUUUCUUCAUUUGUUUUGGAUGUAAUUUACUCAUAUCAUGUGGAAUAAUCGUAUCAUUCAGUAGCGUCACUUCAGGAAAUUGGAUGUUUGAUCUAUUAACAUUGAGCGGCGUAAAAAAGUUAAAUUCACCUUCGUAUAUUCGUGACCGUUACUUUGGACACAUCAAGGACUACACUGAGCUCAAUAAUUUGAUCCGUUCGUCAAAUUUUGUUAAUCAGCCAGGACGUAAAUCAAUACGAGCUAGCGGCUCUCAAGUUUUUGAUCAACAACGCACAUUUAUGAGUCAAAACAAAAACACUUUAAAACCAUUCGGUUAUUAUGAUGAAAUUAGUCACGCAAACAACUACGCCGAAGAAUCUGUCCAGCAACUUCUUCCUUUUGGUAAUAUUAUUAGCAGUGAUGCCGAUUUUUCAGUACAUGAAACAGGUAUUUGUCAUGCAUUGACCGGACUUACAAAUCGUCAGCGGUAUAUUUGCUUACAGCAUUCUGGUUUAAUAUGGGCAAUGCUUGAAGGCACCCAUUUAGGUAUGCAUGAAUGUGUACAUCAGUUUCGACACGAACAAUGGAAUUGUUCGGCAGUUAACCUGCUGUAUCGUUUGCAUACGAAAUCGAAAAAACUACCGUCAAUUCAUGGAUUAGAAGGAAUUUUACAACGUGGCUCCAGAGAAACUGCUUUUCUUUCGUCUUCGUGGUCAGCUGGUGUUGUACAGGCAAUAACGCGUGCUUGUAGUCAAGGCCAAAUGGGGACAUGUGACUGUGACCCACAUCGACGUGAAGGUCAAGGCAGAGAUGCUGAAGGAAUUUUCACUUGGGGUGGAUGUAGUGACCCGAUUCGGUUCGGUAUGCGGUUAGCUCGCCUGUUUCUAGAUGCAAAUGAUGAAGAACAUCGUAGUGCAGCACUACAGAGAGAACGGGAGCUACAUGAGCAACGAAUUCAGUUAUUAUCUUCAAUGAGAUCAGACAGUAGUGAACAACGAGAUCGGAUGUCACGCAGAAUUUAUAGAUUCUCCCGUUCUUUAAAUGGAACUGCAAUACGCCAACAACCCAGUUCAAAUAGAGGGGAAGAAAACAAUUCAGCGUCGCAAGAGAAUAAGCCUGAUAUUCUUCUUUCUUCUAAAGAGCUACAGGAGGAGAUACUACAAAUUAUUCAGACAAAGGCUAGGACUUUAAUGAAUUUGCAUAACCGAAAAGCUGGAAGAAGACUGGUUUGGAAAAAUCGGGUCACGAAGUGUAAAUGUCAUGGUGUUAGUGGAGCCUGUUCAAUGAGAACAUGUUGGCAACGUGUCAAUGAAUUUCGUUUAGUUGGGAAGGUGUUGAAAUCUGCAUACGACUCCGCUAUUCGAGUCACCUAUGAACCUAGACUAGAUAUAUUGAAGCGAAUUGAUACAAAGAUGCAAAUACAAAAAUUUAGCCAGAGUCAUAGCUAUCCCAUCAAAAAGAAUCUACCAGCUGUUUCAACAAACUUAAAACACGACUCAAAGAACUGGCUAAUUGUAAUUAACAAUCAUAGCAAUAGUGGUGUGAAACAAGAUCGGAAUGGAUUUCUGAGCAAUAAAAAAUCUCAACAUAGAUGGCCACGGAUGACGAUUGUCAAAUCAAGGGAACUGCCAAAAAACAAAUUAGUUUACUUGGAGGAGUCUCCAAAUUACUGUUACUUUGAUGAAAGCAUAGGUCACUUAGGAAUUGCUGGUAGACAGUGUAAUGCAACAUCAAAAGAUGCAGUCAAUUCAUGUUCUCGCUUGUGCUGUGACCGCGGUUACGAUACUCUAGAAUUUGAAAGUGAACAAAAAUGCGAAUGCAAAUUUUUUUGGUGCUGUGAGGUUCGGUGUAAUAUAUGCCGAGAAAGGACGGUUACACAUCACUGUAAACAUUAAAAACAAAAGUUUCGAUUCCCAAUACAUUUCACUAACAACUGAAUAGGUAAUGAGCUAAAAUUGUUUGUUUUUAUUCACUCACAGAUCUCUGUUGUUACAGGGAUGAAUGUCCUUCCGAUUAUUUUGAGAAUGAGAUAUUUUCCUUCUUCUUAUCUAACCUCUUGCUUUCAAUGUUUUGAUUCACAAAGUCUCUCCAUUAAUAUAGCUGUUCAUAUAUUAUGUUUUUAUGAUACGCAUCCGAAUAAUUUUUAAACUCAUUACAUAUAUGUGCAAGUUGUGACAUCUGUUGUGAAUGCUUACAUGAAUCAGUCAGAAAAGCAGCUUUAAUGAUUACGAACAAACAUGCAGUUUUUUAAUUGUUAGCCGAUGUCAGUGACACAUGGUAGCAUACACAGUGUUAACUUCCGUCUUCCUAUAUUUGAGAGCGUUUUUGUUUUUUUCGAUACCUAUGCCUCCUUUUCAUAUUAUAUGGGUGAAUAACGACUGUAAUGAAUAACAAAAUAAACGUCAGUGUAUGUUGAACCAACAGUUCUAGAUAAAUUAAUGUGUACAAACAAUUCUCAUACUUCAUUUUACCCAUCUUUUAACAAAACAUGUUAGUUUCUUGCAUCAUAUUUGAUAAUAAAAGUAAUUUACAUACUUAUAAAAAACAAUAUCAUUUGACAA